AUCUGCACUUAAACACUAUUUUACUUUUUCCCCCCUCAGAUGGAUCCUAAUAGAAUAUCAGAAGAUGACACUCACUGCAUUAACAGAAUUUUCAAACUCCAUGAGAACGCAGAUUUGCAAGACACAAGUCUGGAGACUCAAGACACAAAAUUGAUACCUGAUUCGUGCAAGAGAAUUAAACAGGCCUUUCAAGCAGCUGUGCAAAAGGAAUUACAACAUAUCGUUAGAUCCCAACACAUCAGAGCAGAGAAAGCUACAGUAGACAGUGCCUGGUUAGAUCUGGCCAGGAGGGGCAAGCCGGAUGCUCAGCCUUUUGCUCAUCUCACCAUUAAUGCCACUGACAUUCCGUCAGGUUCCCACAAAGUGAGUCUGUCUUCCUGGUACCACGACCGAGGUUGGGCCAAGAUCUCCAACAUGACUUUCAGCAAUGGAAAACUAAUAGUCAACCAAGAUGGCUUUUAUUACCUCUAUGCCAACAUUUGCUUUCGACAUCAUGAAACUUCGGGAGACCUUGCCACAGAGUAUCUUCAGUUGAUGGUGUAUGUCACGAAAACCAGCAUCAAAAUCCCAAGUUCUCAUACCCUGAUGAAAGGAGGAAGCACCAAAUACUGGUCAGGGAACUCCGAAUUCCAUUUUUACUCCAUAAAUGUUGGAGGCUUUUUUAAGUUACGAUCUGGUGAGGAAAUUAGCAUCGAGGUCUCCAACCCUUCACUACUGGAUCCAGAUCAAGACGCAACGUACUUUGGGGCUUUUAAAGUUCGAGAUAUAGAUUGACCCCCAUUUUCUGGAGCAUUAUCACAUAUUCCCUAGGAUGUACAGAAACUUUAAAAAACAAGCCAAGAAAGAUGUACAUAGGUGUGUGAGACUACUAAGAGGUAUGGCCUACAACGGUAUAGGAUGAAGACUUUCUCUCAGCUUCUGACUCUGUAGAGAGCAUGUGUAUUUACAGCCAAAUGGAGACGUUGGACUCGAGGUGUGGUGUAGUCCGAAGGCUUUCUUACACAAUGGUUUUUAAAUUUUGUAAUGAAUUCCUAGAAUUAAGCCAGGUUGGAGCAA